AUGCUUGUGUUAAGUCUUCUGUUUGUUUCAGUAUUUGCAGACUGCAAAAUACGAGGCGUUGAUUAUUCCAAGUUGACCCGCAAAUCAAACGACCCAUAUCAUAUCUCAUUCCCCGAAUUUGAAGCAAAAUUCAACGUCUGUGGUGAUGUUGACGGACUUGGAAAUGCUGCGACUGGGUCUUCAGGUGCAAAGGUCUACUCUCUUGGGCUUGUCCAAAAACAAGAGGCUAUCACCGACAAUAACGGAAAUGGGUUUAAAUACACAGGUGGAGAUACCUGUAAAGCAGGCUUCAAGUGGUCGUCGACUGUGUAUCUGGAGUGUCAAGACAUUCCUGAGGACAAAUAUGAGGUGAUGAAUUUGGUUGUCGACAAAUGUUACGUUGAAUUUAAAAUCAAAGGACCUGGUGCUUGCGCCUCGGACGAAGUCCCUAAAGAAAAAUUGGCGACGAUGUGGAUUGUUUUCAUUUGCAUUGUCUGUUUAUUGGCAAUUAUUUUUGCUGUGUUUGGUAUUUGGUGUCUCAUCAACUUUUUGGUGGGAAGAAGAGGUGCAGCCAUUUUGCCUCUUUAUGCUAUAAUACACAAACCAAACGAAUUGCCAGUGAGCGGGGAAGGCGAGAAGAAAAACUUGAUCUAA